AUGGCCCCAAGUCCUACGGGCGAGACGCCGUCGGUCGCAUACGAGCGCCAGGUGGCAGCCGGCGAGCUCAAGUCCGACGACUUCCAGCGGCGCAUCGUGCGGCUGCUGGACCACUUGCACGAGCAGCUCAAGACGUACGAGCAGCCGGCUGUGCCGGAGCCGGAGGAGGGGCUCGUCGAUGAGGUGCGCGAGGGCGGCCUGGCGAGCAAGCUGCUGUCGCUCCUGCCGCUGCCUGAGCAGGAGGCCGGCUCGAUGGAGCAGGCCAAGCAGGCCAAGCCGACGGGCGUGCUGCGUGCGCUGGCGGGCCUCUUCCAACGUGCGCCGCCGCCGCAGGAGGCCGUGCGCCCCGAGGGCGCGCCGCAGGGCCUGUAUCUGUAUGGCGACGUCGGCACCGGGAAGAGCAUGCUGAUGGACCUGUUCUAUGCGACGCUGCCGGGCCACAUUACGCGCAAGCGCCGCAUCCACUUCCAUCAGUUCAUGAUGGACGUGCACAAGCGCUCGCACUUUUACAAGUCCAAGUACCACCGCUCGUCGGGGAUCGUGGGGCAGGCGGGGACGCCGCGCGAGUCGCCGUCGAGCUCGGCCGCGGCGCCGACGCGUGGCGCCGGUGGCGCGGCGCACGAGGGCAGCGAGAUUGACCCGAUUGAGCCGGUCGUCCGCGAGAUUGCGCGCACGACGCAGGUGCUGUGCUUUGACGAGUUCCAGGUCGUGGACAUUGUCGACGCGAUGAUCCUGCGCCGCCUGCUCGAGGGACUCCUGCGCUACGGCGUCGUGACGGUCAUCACGUCGAACCGCCCGCCGUCGGAGCUGUACAAGAAUGGUAUCCAGCGGUCGAGCUUCGUGCCGUGCAUCCACCUGCUGCAGACGCAGUACCGCGUCGCGGACCUCAACUCGGGCACGGACUACCGCACCGUGCCGCAGGACCGGUACCAGACGUAUUUCCUGAGCGGCGACGCGGCCGGCGUCGCGGCGUACGAGCGCGAGUGGGAGGCCCUCACGAGCGACGAGCCGGCCAUCGAGGACCGCACGCUGCGUGUGUGGGGCCGCCAGCUGCAUGUGCCUGUGUCGACGUCGAACGCCGCGCGCUUCACGUUCAUGGAGCUGUGCGGCCAGCCGCGCAGUGCAUCGGACUACAUCGCGCUGUGCCGCGAGUUUCCGUGCCUGUUCAUCGACGACAUCCCGCUGAUGACGCUCGACAUGCGCGACCUCGCGCGCCGCUUUAUCACGCUGAUCGACGCCGCGUACGAGGCCAAGACGCGCCUGUGGUGCACGUCCGAGGUCGAGCUCAUGAAGGUGUUUAGUGGUACGCGCGCUAUGGACAAGCCGACGAGCGACCAGAUGCGGGCGCUCAUGGACGACCUGAAGCUGACGAUGGACGACAUUGGCGGCGCGUCGAUCUUUAGUGGCGACGAGGAGCUCUUUGCGUUUGCGCGCCUCCUCUCGCGCCUGAGCGAGAUGGGCACCAAGCACUACGCCGAGCACGCCGCGCUGCCGCGCCGCGGCUAG